UGUCGCUUCGGUGAUCCGCACAGAAAGGUGCACGCGCGCAUUCUACACGGUUGGCUACACAGAGCGUAUUGUUGAGCGAGCUGAACGGAUUUUCAAUAAGCCAGUAAGGCACAAAAAAUAAACGACGACUCAAAGCCGUCGGAACUACAAAAACUGUUAUCGUCAUCGUCAUCGGUAUCGGGAAAACGGAAACGGAAUUAGACUCAAAGUCGUUACGAUCGAUUCGUGUUGUUCUUUAAUUUAAUUGCAAAACAUAAGUGCUAAAGUUGAUCGAGCAAGGGGCAAUCAUAUUAUGUGAGACACAUACUUAUAUGCGUCAUUAGAUUUGCAAAUGAUUCUGCAAGGCUCGUCACUGAGAAGCCCCCCAUAAAUCUUGUCGGGCUACAGAUAUAAUCAAAGUGCUUGUGCGAUCCCAUGAAUAUGCAAUGUUCGAAAUGAUUUAAAAUAAAUAUAUUUAUUGUGCAUAACAAAUACGAUUCGAGAGAGUUGGUGGAGAUUCAAAGUAAUUGAAAUAUUAAUUGUUGAAUACGACGAGUUCGAUAACAAAAAAAGAUACAAGUGUCAAACAUUGUGCAAAAAAAUAAAUACAACACAAUAUCAUAAUAACAAAUUACAAAAUUAUUAUUUAUGCAAAUACAUUUCCAAAUACUCUACACUUGCCUGUACCUGCUGUAGCCAAUGGAUAUCGCAAAUUAAAUCUUUUGAAUAAAGUACCAUCUGCACAAAUAUUUGCAAACGUGCCAGCCACGAAAUGUAUGCCGAUAAACGUGGCCUAGAGAAGCCCGGCUCAACUCAGCUGUCGGCGGCAACGGCGGCCGCAGCAGCCGCGGCGGCAGCGGCAGCGGUGGCAGUCACGCAUUUGGCCACGCCCACGCAUGUGCAUGCCCUACAGCAGCAACAGCAACAGCAGCAGCAACACCAUCAUGUGUUGCAGUUACAACACCAGCAGCAACAGCAGCAACAACAACAACAUCAUCAACAGUUGCAACACCAACAGCAUCACAUGCAACAACAUAUGCACACGCAUCAUAACUUUCAACAGCAACAUGAACCAGCCACAUUGUCACAGCAGCAGCAACACUUGCAGCAACAACAACAGCAGCAGCAGCAGCACCAACAGCAACAGGCUGCCCAGCAGCAACAACAGGCGAGUCAACAGCAGCAACAGCAACAGCAGCAGCAGCAACAGGCUGCCGGCAUGUUUACAAGAUUCGAUGCGAACAAAUCGACAAAGGGUGCCUCGAAGAUGCGACGCGAUCUUAUAAAUGCAGAGAUAGCGAAUCUGCGGGAUUUGCUGCCGUUGCCACAAUCGACACGCCAGCGACUGUCGCAGCUGCAGCUGAUGGCCCUGGUCUGUGUCUAUGUGCGCAAAGCCAACUACUUUCAUGAAGUUUUCAAACGUCAGAAUGCGCUGCAUCAACAUCAUCAGACAGCAACACCAAAUAUUGGCUUCUCGAAGGCACUUUCGGGCUUUCUAAUGAUGCUCACGCAGAAUGGAAAACUGCUCUAUAUAUCGGAUAAUGCUGCCGAGUACCUGGGACAUUCCAUGGAGGAUUUACUCAUACAUGGGGAUUCCGUUUACGAUAUCAUUGACAAACAGGAUCACGCAACCAUACAAGCCGAGCUAAAUCGGAACGUGCCACCGCAACCAGGUGGCAGCAACAGCAGCAGCAGCGGUGUUGGUGUCGGCGUUGGCGUUGGCGAUUCGACAGCCAGCAAUGGUAACAGCAGCGGCGCCUCAAGUCUGGAGGGGGAGCAUCGCAUGUUCCUCUGUCGCAUGAAUGUUAGCCGCAAUGCGCGACGGCAAAUGCGUUUCGGUGAUCAGAAGGUCGUUCUGGUACAGGGUCACUAUUUGUCAUUCCUGCCGCUUUGCAGCCGUAACGAGCCUGUCUUUCUAGCCACCUGCACACCCAUCGCCAUGCCCGAGACACGCGAGUGUGUGGUUCAGGGCGCCACCAAUGUGUUUACCACCAUCCAUUCCAUGGACAUGAAGAUCGCACACAUUGACAAAAAUGGCGAGUUUCAUUUGGGCUAUGAUAAGACAGCGCUUCAAGGCACCUCCUGGUACAAUCUGAUACACAGCGAGAAUCUACGCGAAGCACAAAGCAAACACAGACUAAUUACGCAAUCGGAACAGGAUCGCAGCUGUAUACUGCUCGUACGCAUGCAGCGCUCUAGUGGGGAUUACACCUGGGUGCAUGUGGUGCUCCAGGUCCGAGACAGUCCCGAUUCCACGCAACAGCCGGUCAUCGUUUGCACCAAUCAAGUGCUGAACGAACGUGAGGCGUCCAUAAUGUUGGCCAACUCUUGGCUCUAUCAUUACUACACCGUCCAGUCGAAAAUACAGUUUGGCAUGCCACUCGACAGCGCGAUGCGUGUGCCGCCGGGCAGCAGCUCCAGCGGCUACUACAGUUCACAUCAGCAGCCACUGGGAGGCGGUGGGGCAGCAGGCGUUGGCCUGGGCAUGAGCAGUGGUGCGGCUGGGUUAUCUGGCGUAUUUGGGAGCCAUCAUGCGCAUCAUCAUCAUCAUCAUCAUCAUACAACGGCAGCGGCGUCCUAUCAUCACCAUCAUCCGCAUAUGGGCGCCGCCUAUGGCGGAGUCUAUCAUGCUGAGAGCGCUCUGGAGCUCAAGGAGGAUCAGCAGCUGUAUGGCUUUCAAGCGUCAACGGUUGGUGGCGGUCUGGAGCCCGUAGACUAUAGUCAAGUGAAUGGUGGUAGUGGCAGCGGUGGCAGCGGCACGGCUGGCAGUCAAAAGUCCACGCAAUCAGCAACGCCGCCGCCACCCAAGAAGCGAGCACGCAACAAACUCGAGCCACUUUAUUUACACGCCGAGCGUUCGCCAGCGGCAGCCAUAACCCCCGAGCCCGACUGCUAUGCCCUGCAUCCAAGUAGCGCCUAUGCCACCGCUGCAACGGGUGCGGCGACGGGCAGCAGCAACGGCGGAGGCGGUGAUGCCAGCGCCUCGGUUAUUUAUGCCACAAUUGUGCCGACACGUCCGCGUUUGCUCAACAAAACGUUGCCGCCGGAUCCGGCGGACUUCAUUGAACAAUGGAAUCCCAGUCCGCCAUGGUCGGAGUCAGCGCAAAAGGCAUCGCUGGACAGUUUUGGUUCAUCGCAUGAGCUGAGUCCCUGCAUCACCACAACACCGCCCACGCCGACGAGUGCAACGCCACAGCAUGGCGGAGGCUUGAGUGCCUCACAGCCAAUUGGACCUGCGUUCAGUUUUGAGUGGAUGUCGGAUCCGUUGGUGCCGGUGGCCUAUCAGCAGUGGCCGCCAGCGACGGGUGAUCAUCAUCAGCAUCUCUCACAGCAUCUGGCAGCUGCCCAGCAGCAGCAACAGCAACACCAGCAACAACAACAGCAGCAACAACAGCAGCUGCAACAACAUCAUCAACAUUCGCAGCAUCCACAGCAUGGGCAACAGCAUCCACAACAGCAUACGCAGCAUGCACAGCUAACGCUGCAUGGUGUUCACGUGGCGCGUGUGGAGCUUGCCACCGAAUCGAUGGUGGCCACAGGCCGUGCUGAUGCCACGGAACCAGUCGAUGAUAGAGAUCCAAAAAAUUAGUGACCUGCGCAUUAUGCAAAGCUCGGAAAUUCCCAGCGCGGCUCGGCGUGCAACGGGCAGGUGAUAAUCACACUUAAAUUAAUUGCCACUUGUCAUCUUAGCGUUUAAAUUAUUUUUAUCUAACUCAAAACAAAACAGAGAAGAGAAAAACUCACUAUACACACCCGGGGCAAUAACAACAAUAACAAUAGCAAAUAGUAAAUAGUAAUAGAAUAGUUAUCAUUAUAAGCACAAAGCUCGACAGUUAUCUACUAACCAACUAAUUUGUUUAAGUAAUGUUCAUAUAACACCAAUUUUUUCAGUGCA